AUGCUAAUCGCCAGAAUUCUCUUCCUCCUCUUACCCCUUCUUGCCCAUGCUAAACCCGAGCAUUGUAAAAGCAAAUCAGCAUCUUCUACCGCUACAGCUCUUAUGAACCAAGCUCUGGUAGCUACCUAUGGUCGAGGACAUCGAUGGGGCGGAAGACCAACUUCUACAGCUUCUGCAGAAUCAGAAGCCAAAUCAAAAUCAGACUCAACGCCUCUUUCUAGUGCAGUCUCUUCCCCUGUCUCCUCUCAACCCUCUUCGACAGUAGCAGAAUCAGCGAACAGCACAGCUGGAACAGCCAGUCCUACCAUCGAUACAUCUUCUGCCGCAGCCAGUAGUGCACUUCCUCCUGUGUCCACCGGAGGAUCGACAGUCAGCAACAGCACCCAAAUUCCUUCAGGAGACUGUUCAUGCGGAUACAUCCUAUCAGCAUAUGACAACGCGUAUUUCCCCAAGGCAUUGGUCGUAUCGUUCGAUUCCGUAUCGAGCGUUGCCGAGCUGGCCAAUCUCGGUCUAAGGGUUCAGGACGGAUCACAAAUUGGAUCGAUCGCUCCUGACGGAGGGAAAUGUCAGGCAUCAGCUGAUAAUGUGGCUAUCGACGGUGGGAUCCUCAAGUUGACUGUCCCUGGUGGACAAUCUGCAGGAGGGAUCAUCAGCGGUGCUGAGAUUGAGACGAUGAAUCCUGUGUUGGGUGGAGUGUUCACUAUGAACGCUCAGCUCUCGUCUGUACAUGGCACUUGUCAAGCCAUUUUCACGUAUACUGAGAAUAAAGAUCUUUACAGCGAUGAGAUGGAUAUAGAGAUGGUGUAUAUAGAACCUGGUUUACAACUGACUAAUCACGAUCCAAGUGGUUCUGGUCUAAACGACUUCGAAAACAACCCAUUCCCUAAUGACCCUACUGCCGAUUUUAAUGAUUAUACCAUCGGAUGGUUCAAGGAUGGUCCAAAGUAUUACUACAACGGUGCGGUCUUGACUGGCCCAACUCAAUAUCCGUCUGUGAAUCCCAGUAAGAUCGUCAUUAACAAUUGGAGUUCUGGAAAACCAACUUUCACUCAAGGUCCUCCUGAUGAUGAUACUGUGCUACAAGUCAAAAGUAUCGCAUACUACUACCAAACCGAAUCCCUUGCCUCUUACCCUGCUUACCCUUCUGGCUGCUCAGAAGCUGACGCAUGUGUGGUAUAA